AGAUAUCCUCUCUAGUUUCUACCAUCAACACAUAGCCUUUGUACAAAGUGGUUCUAUAUAGGAAGAGUGAGCAGAAGAAAAAACAGAGUAGGAGAAGAAGAAAAAACAGAGCCAUGGAGGAAGGCAAAGAAGGAUUAGUGAAACAUGUACUCAUAGCCAAAUUCAAACAAGGCCUCCAAUCUCACGAAAUCGAAGAACUCAUCAAAGGCUAUGCCAAUCUCGUCAGCCUCAUCCCGCCCAUGAAAGCCUUCCACUGGGGAACUGAUGUGGGAGUGUGCAACAUGGAUGAAGGGUUCACUCACAUAUUCGAGUCCGAAUUCGAGAGCUCGGAAGGUGUUGCAGAGUACAUGGCUCACCCUGCUCACGUUGAGUUUGCAGACCUGUUCCUCCCUCAGCUCGAAAAGACCGUUUUCAAACACUGGCAAAAAGAAGAAAAAGGAAAGCAGCUGGACUUGCGAAAGCAGCCAUCUUUACCAGAAUUUGGUCAACACGCCAGAAGAGGAGAAGUCACGCAAGGAAAGAAAGAAGAAGAGCAAAAGGUGCGAUUUUUGCAUCAGUUCCAGAUUGAAGAAUACCACAAAAACGAAUUUCUCAGGAACCCGUUGCAGCAAUCGGCUCCCCCUCUUCAUCGGAAGCUUUCUCCUCCUGAAUUGCUUACUGCUGGAAGGUAGAUGGUCAGAUGGAGCGUAAUAGCUUCAGAAAUUUGCAGCGGCCGAAGUUCAUAGCUGACAAUUUCAACUCUCUAAACCAGGUCAUUUCUGCAUUGAGAGAAGCUGGUCUUGAGUCAUCGAACUUGAUCCUUGGUGUUGACUUCACAAAGAGUAAUGAAUGGUCAGGCAGGUAUUCAUUUCACCGCAAAAGUCUCCACGCAGUUGGUAGUGUGACGAAUCCUUAUGAACAAGCGAUCUCAAUCAUCGGGCGUACUUUGUCUCCUUUCGAUGAAGAUAAUUUGAUACCUUGUUUUGGAUUUGGUGAUGUAUCAACACGUGAUGAGUACGUGUUCAGCUUUUAUCCCGAUCACCGCCCUUGUCGUGGUUUCGAAGAGGCACUUGCUCGAUACAGAGAAAUCAUUCCACACUUACAGUUGUCAGGUCCAACUUCAUUUGCACCAAUCAUUGAUGCUGCAAUUGACAUUGUAGAGAAAAGUAAUGGUCAAUAUCACGUCCUUGUUAUUAUUGCAGAUGGGCAGGUUACCAGGAAUCCUGGUAUUCCACGUGGGAGUUGUAGUCCUCAAGAACAAGCAACCUUGAAUUCCAUAGUUGCUGCCAGCUAUUAUCCUCUCUCAAUUGUUUUAGUUGGAGUCGGGGAUGGGCCAUGGGAUGCGAUGAAACAGUUUGAUGAUAACAUUCCACAUAGAGCAUUUGACAACUUCCAGUUUGUCAACUUCACAAAAAUCAUGUCCGAGAAGAAGGAUACAUCAAAAAAGGAAGCCGACUUUGCUCUUGCUGCCCUCAUGGAAAUCCCUCUCCAAUACAGAGCCACACAAAGCCUUGAUGUUUCUGGAUCAACAACGGGUCAUCCGCUUACAAAGCCUCUUCCACCUCCCAAGGCAGUGAUUGAUCAUGAUGAUGCAAUUAGAUCAAUUCCGCCUUUGAUCAAUUCUGCAACAACAGGAGCAACAGCAGCUCCAGUUGAACCGGUCUGCCCCAUUUGCUGGACGAACCCAAAGAACAUGGCCUUCGGAUGCGGUCACACAACCUGCCAGGAAUGCGGAGGCUUGGUUACGAAUUGCCCUUUGUGCCGGCAACCUAUAACGACGCGUAUCAAACUCUUCAACUGAAAAGCUGUAAAGUAAUAAUGUUGAUGAUUUCUUUGUAUGUAGAAAAGAAAAAGAAAAAAGUAAACCAAUGAGGGCACCAUGGCUGCUCUUGUUUUCCAUUGUAUUUGUUGUGUUGUGUUGAAGCCAAAAGGCAAAUAUGCUUCAGUCGUUCAUCAGCUGGAAAACUGUUGUGUAUCCAUCUUUCUAAAUUUGUGUAAAUUGUAUCAUAAUCUGUUUGUUUCAACAUUUUCCAUUGAGUUUCUAGCUGUAGAUCCAAAUACCAAGCUCUGCAAAGCUUAUAACAUCAGCCCGUGC